AAUCCAACCGGCAGCUGCACCUCCGCAUUCCACUGACGUCUCCAUGACAACAGCUUCUAGUGUUGAUCAUCCCAAGAUGGCGGACGAGGAGCAAGCCACGGCGCUCCCAGUUGUGACUGAAGCCAAGAAACGUCGAGCACCUAAAGCUCCAGAGCUUCCCAUUGUGGAGAGGAGAAACUGGCUAAUCCACCAGCACUACAUCCGCAAAGACUAUGAUACCUGUAAGGCGAUCAUCAAAGAACAGCUGCAGGAGACUAAUGGAAUGUGUGAAUAUGCCAUAUAUGUUCAAGCACUAAUCUUGCGUCUUGAAGGCAAGAUCCAACAGUCACUGGAGCUGUUCCAGAGCUGUGCCAUCCUUAAUCCCAGCAGCACUGACAAUCUCAAGCAAGUGGCCAGAUCACUAUUUCUCCUGGGAAAGCACAAAGCAGCAAUUGAAUUCUAUCAUGAAGCUGCAAGGCUCAACGAGAAAGACUGGGAGAUCAAUCAUAAUCUGGGGUUGUGCUAUUUCUUCAUCAAAGACUUCAAAAAUGCUGAAGAGCACCUAAACAUAGCUCUCCAGAUAAAUAAGCACGACAAGACGUUCAUGAUGCUCGGGAAGGUUCAUUUGCUGGCUGGAGACACUGACAGGGCCAUCGAUGUGUACAAGAGAGCAGUGGACUUCUCUCCAGAGAAUACUGAACUCCUCACUACUCUUGGCCUGCUGUUUUUACAGCUGGGGAAAUACCAAAAAGCUUUUGAGCACCUUGGAAAUGCCCUCACUUUUGACCCCAACAAUUAUAAGGCCAUACUGGCAGCAGGCAGCAUGAUGCAGACUCAUGGGGACUUUGAUGUGGCCAUGAACAAGUACCGAGUGGCAGCAUGUGCUGUGCCUGAGAGCCCUCCUCUCUGGAACAAUAUUGGCAUGUGCUUCUUUGGAAAAAAGAAAUAUGUAGCUGCCAUCAGCUGUCUGAAGCGAGCUCACUACUUGUCUCCUUUUGACUGGAAAGUGUUGUACAACCUGGGGCUGGUCCACCUGACUAUGCAGCAGUAUGCCUCAGCUUUCCACUUCCUCAGUGCAGCCAUCAACCUGAACCCACGUAUGGGGGAUCUCUACAUGUUGCUCGCAGUGGCUCUGACCAACUUGGAGGAUGUGGAGAAUGCCACAAGAGCAUAUGAACAAGCUGUGACGAUGGACGAAUCCAACCCUCUCGUCAACCUGAACUUUGCUAUCUUCCUCUAUAAUCAUGGCGAGAAGAAAGGAGCUCUGGAUCAGUAUCAGGAGAUGGAGAGGAAAGUCAAUGUACUUCGAGACAGCAGUAGCAACUUUGAAUUUGACUCUGAGCUGAUGGACAUGGCCCAGAAGAUGGGAGCUGCCUUGCAGGUGACAGAGACUCUGGUGUGGACAAAACCAGGCAAGGACUCCAAAUCAAAACCAAACUCUGCAGCAGCAACCAAAACUCCUGGGGCUCCCCUUGGUACCAACCAGGCUCUGGGCCAGGCCAUGUCUUCUGCUGCCAGCUACAACAAGAACAUCCAGCUACCAACAGGAGUUUCCAAAGGUCCCUCCAUGCCCCUUGAACCAGAACCUGAUGUGGAUAAAGCUCCCAGCCCGCCCACAGAUCCUCCAGGCUCCCCGGGACCUGUAGAGCCAGUCAAACCCAGAAGCUCCAAGAGUAGAUCCAAGGUGGAGGCAUGAAUUAGUACAGCGGCCACAAACUUUGUUAUAAGAUCACACUCAUGUUAAGGAGCUAAAUCAAAAAGCAAUUUUAGGUUUUCUAGCUUGUAGAGCUUGGACACAAAGCCUCGAGUCAUCAGCUUCUGCUUUGGAUAACUGACACACAGACGUCUCAUGUGCGACACGGUUCACUUUACACUCAAUAAGGGCACUUUCUUCAUGUCGUUCAUUUCAGAAAUAUUGAAUGUCAGUUCAACGCUUCUCACUUUUAAACCAAAAUUCUGAGAUAAUCAAGUGUUUCUUGUCAGUCUGUGUAGAUGUGUCAGGUUCGGUGGAAAUGCCAAAACCAGUUCCAAUGGCUGUUCCAGUUUAAGAAUCUCUGGUCCACAAAAUGGUAAUAUUGGCAUUUGUGCAGUUGCAAGUGUUGAUAUUUGGAGGAGCUUAGCAAUAAGGUUAAAUGAUGAAUUUUCCUUGUUUUGACAUUUCUAGUGAAGGUGUCAAUCCUUUGCUGUUGGGAGUCCCUCCAGCUCAAUAAAUGUGAAGGACCUGCUGCGACAAUCACUGCUAAAAUACAGAAAGAGUAGUUUUUGAAUAGUGACAGGAUGUUGCUUGUUUGUAUGAUAGGGCUCUUAAUGAAGGUUGCGUGUACAUAGUGAUAUAUGCUUUUAUAUGUGGUUAAAUGUUAUGUUUAUAGAGAGUAAUGUAUUUAAUAUUAAAAGAGAGAAUGUAAAGAAAAUGA